AUGAUUGAGAACUGGCGCCCCAUCAGUCUUCUCAAUGUUGAUAGAAAGAUCUUGGCAAAGAUUCUUUUUUGGCGCUUGUCGUCAGUAGCAGGCGAUUUUUUGUCCAGCCAUCAGCACUGUUCGGUCCAAGGUAGAAGUACCUUUUCAGCAGUUUUGGCUAUCCGGGAGGCUUUGGAACGAUGCAGGGCUGCUGGAUGGAGAAAGUACUUGCUGGCAUUGGAUCAGGCAAAAGCUUUUGAUCGAGUGAAUCAUGAAUAUCUGUGGUUGCUGCUUGGUAGAUACGGCCUGCAGGGGAGGUUUAUAGAUUGGCUGAAGACAUUAUAUAAAGGGGCUGAGAGCUUCCCACUUGUUAAUGGUUGGGUUGGGCGGCCUUUUGAGGUCGGCUCUGGUGUGCGCCAGGGAUGUCCUUUGAGCCCCCUGCUAUAUGCUUUCGCAAUCGACCCCUUUGUAAGAAGGCUAGAGGGCGCAUCGUUGUGCGGGGUGCCUCUGGGCAUUGCUGGUGUGCCGCCUUUGAAGGUCGUUGCCUAUGCUGAUGAUGUGUCUGUUAUUAUCUCUGGGACUGAGGAGGCGCAGGAGGUGGUCUCUGUGAUAGAGCAGUACACGGAGGCUUCUGGCUCUAAAGUCAACCAUGAAAAGAGUGAAGUUUUCUGGAUGGGUGAGGAGGGUGAAAGCUUCGAACUUCCGGAUGCCUUCCCAGAGCCCCAGCAGGAAAUUAAAAUUUUGGGCAUCAAAUUUGGUCCUGGUGACUAUGGUCAUCGAAACUGGGAAAGCAGGUUGGUAGUUGCCAAUGCCAAAGUAGCAAGCUGGAAGAGAUGGAGGCUUUCCUUGAGAGAGAGGGUUGACUUGAUCAAAACUUACCUGAUCCCGAUCUUUUUAUAUGUCAGCUUCGUCUGUAUCUUGCCAGUAUCUCUCUAUGCACGGGUCUACAGCUGUUUUUUUUUUUCCACUGUUAUGGGGAAAUAG